ACCCCCCCUCUAUUUUAACGACAUCUCCCUUCCUCCAAAUUUGUAUUGUAGUACAACACAAGCCCAAUCUGAUCUCACUUCAGGUUCGGGGCAGCAUGACUGGUGGUAACAAGAACGAAGAAUCAGAGGAUUUUUUGUAUCCAUCAUUCAUCAGAGAGCAGGGGAAUAUCUACAAACCAAAGAAUAAAGUCAUGGAUAACGACAGUAUGAAAGAGAAGGAUGCCUUUGAUGUUCACACUAAAGAAAUCGAUCUGGUUAACCGGGACCGCAAGCACCUGAAUGAUGAUGUUGUAAAGGUUGAUUUUGAGGAUGUCAUUGCAGAACCUGACGGCACCAACAGCUUUGAUGGUAUAUGGAAGGCCAGCUUUACCACGUUCACAGUCACCAAAUACUGGUGUUACCGCAUCCUCACCGCUCUGGUCGGCAUCCCCCUGGCCCUCAUCUGGGGUAUAUACUUCGCCAUCCUGUCCUUCAUUCAUAUAUGGGUUGUGGUUCCCUGUGUGAAGAGCUACUUGAUCGAGAUCCAGUGUGUCAGCAGAGUCUACUCCAUCUGCAUUCACACUUUCUGCGACCCCCUCUUCGAAGCCAUUGGCAAAGUCUUCAGCAGCGUGAGGAUCUCUUUGAGCAAAGAGGUGUGAGGCACACGAGACUGAAAGCAGGGGCUCCAAGGCAUUCUGCUGGCUACAAGCUCACAGCUGCUUUCCAGAAACAGUUUUAUGAACACCGGCACACGGGAGGUUGGGGGGGGGGGGGGGCGGAGAGAGAGUAUUUGCUUACUCAGAUUUUAUCCCAUUGUUUAUCGUAAAAGACAGAGUUCUCCUUUUUUGGCAGUGUGUGUUUAGAGACUGCACCAAAAUUCUUACUCUCUCAUUCCAUCAUAAUACAUUGUGUAAAAUUGUGUUGUUUAGUUGCUGUUAACCGUGCAUAGGUAUGACAGCUCACUAAACAUACAGUGCAAGGCUACACAGUGGGUCUGUUGCUGCUGGUAGCCGAGGACUGUGCCUGCAGCUGAACGAUCUUUGCAAACUGGCUGUUUUGAAGAGAACAUUUUUUGUUUUUUGCCAUGAUGCUGCUUGGUCUGCUACAAGCUUUUAUUUUAAUUAAUGGUUAUGUUUAUAAAAGAGUAAGAGUGGGAUUUAACUGACAUAUCAUUCAUUGUGUUAUCUCUUGGAUGCCUAGAAAUACAUGUUGCAGAAAGUGGGAUUCCUUUUUAAAGACUACGCGUAGUAAUACGUGUACAUGAUAGUUAAUUUCUUUAAAUUACACUUAAAACAUAUAGUCCAAGGUGUAAAUCAGAAAACAUAAAAUACAGCUACUCAGAAAUAGAUUAUAAAAACAGGAUCAUUCUUUUUUGUUUUGUUUUUCAUGCUUCAUUGACAUAAUACAACUGCCCCUCCCUUAAUACAAGACAAAUUAACUUGAGCCUUAAGUUUUCUUUCAAGUGAGUUCAAAUGCCCUGAAAGGUAAUAACAGCUUUUAAUAUUAUUGUAGCAAGUAGAAGUUCACAUUAUUAGAGUAUUCUUCCAUUUAAGGUAGACACUGGCACAGAAGUUUUGUAAAUAACAACAAAAACAUGUAAUUGCUACAGUAUCUAAAGCAGUGACAACAUGUUAUACUGUGAUCAUCAGUUAGCUUUAAAAUUAAAUAGAUAUGUGUACACCUCUGUAUAUUGGUUGUAUUUACUAUCACAACAGAAGGUAUAUUGCAACUAUUGCUUGAAUCAAUGCAUUAAUCACAUAGAAAGUUAAUAUUUUUAUAUCUAAUGGACUUUUCUUUUCCCCGCUUUUACUGUAAAAACGGAUAUGCUGAGCACAAUAAAAAAAAGUUAUAACAUGAA